AUGGCAUCUACUCAGUCAAAACAGAUCAUAGUCGUUAUUGGCGCCACAGGUCUACAAGGAUCCGGCGUUGUCGAGGCAUUGCUGAAUGAUAGCCGAUGGUCUGUCCGAGCUCUUACCCAAGAUGCCAACUCACCCAAAGCACAGAAUCUUCUUUCAAAAUACCAAACCGCCGACAACCGUCUUACUCUGGUGACUGGCUAUGUCUACGACGAGAAAAGCCUGCGCACCGCCUUUGAAGGCGCAUACGGUCUCUUCGCCCUCACCAGUGAACGAUACCCCGGUAGAUUCCUGACCGAAGAGUCGGAAUUGCAGCACGAGAUCGAAGCUGGCCGUCACAUCAUUUCUGCUGCGAAAGAGUGCCAUGUUCAGCAUUUUGUGUUUAGUAGUUUGCCUGAUAUUCCAACCGCGAGUGGUGGUCAGUUCAAAAAGAUACAUCAUAUGAACAACAAGUAUGCUAUCGAUAGGAUGGCAAGAGAGGAGCUUGAGGGCUUCACUGCCGUGAUGCCUGGCUUCUUCUACAAUAACUUCAUCUGGCCACAGCAUUGCCGUCUUCGAGACGACGGUAUCGUACAGUUUUGUAUGCCAGUGCUUGGGAACAAACCAAUGCAAUGGACCGAUCCGGCACACGACAUGGGAGCAUUUGUCGCAAAAAUAUUCCAGCUGGGCGUUGAGAAGACCAAAGGCAAAACUUAUCUUGCUCUAGGCCCCAGGAUUUCCCCAGAGGAUAUGGCACAAACCUUUACGCGUGUGACUGGAAAGCCAGCCGUUCAUUCUCCCAUCUCGUUCGAAGAAUUCGGCAACUUGUGUGCUACGCUUGUCGGACCAGCUUUCAAGGAAGAUUUCACCGAGAUGAUGCAGUGGGCUGCGGUGGCUCCAGAUGAUAAAACCUGCUAUGGAGCGUUUGAGCUGGAGAGUGAACGAUUGAAUGAGCAGCUGGGUGUUAACGGGAGCUCCUUUGAAGAUUGGCUGAGACGUAGCGGCUGGACUGGUCCCGAGAGCAGCUAG